AUGGCGACGAGCAUUCGAUCUCUUUUAUCGCCGUUCCUGAUAAUAAGUUAUGUGUGCGGUUUAAGAAUUGUGGAGUUCCCUACAGGACACCUAAGAUUUUGGUUCAGUCUUUUCUAUAUUCUCCUAUUUUGGUCAACUUAUUGUUUUCUUGUUAUAAAUAAAGGGCUAUCUUAUGUGCCUAAGUAUUCCGCCGAAUAUAGGCUUUACGUUUCACUGAACAUAUUCAUAACUCUAUUAUCAAUGCUUCUUGGAGUGUAUCAUGAUAAGGGACACGUAGAUUGUUGGGCACCAGAUAUCGAGUAUAAAUCAAAGCUUGAGAAUCAAAAUCUUAAAAACAAAAUAAUUAUGCGGGAAAAUGAAAUUAUGCUGAAGAAAAUUCGUCAAGUGGAAAGUGAAUAUCCUACUCGUGAGUUUUUGAAGGACUGGAAAAGUAUGCACGAGGCAGUAGAACAUCGUGCAAGAUACGUUUCGGUGAUUGAAAGACUGUCCAGUUCAUCACAAGUACAAAAGCAAUUGGCCGAGAAGAGUCAAACGAGAUGCUUCUUCGAUAUUGGACUUAAAGGAGAAAAUCAAAAAUUAGGGCGUAUAGUGUUUGAACUCUACAACGAUAUCGUACCACGUACAUGCGAGAACUUCGCGGCUUUUUGCCGUGGGAUAAAUGGAUUGUCAUAUAAGAACACUCCAUUUCAUCGUAUCGUCUCUGGCUACUGGUGCCAAGGAGGAGAUGUCACAAAGUUUGACGGUACUGGCGGUACCUCUAUAUACGGUGACUCAUUCGAUAAGGAAAACUCCAAUCUACGGCAUAUGGAACCCGGCAUACUGUCUAUGUGCGAUAACGAUGAUGGCAGAAACGAUUCAAAGUUUAAUCUUGCGUUUAAACGCUUGAAAACCGUGGAUGGAGACAGGGUCGUUUUUGGUCGAGUAAUAGGCGGAAUGAGAAACAUUUACAAGGUAAUGUUGGACAUUUCUUGUUGGUAA